GACACAGAGGCGUAGACCCAAUCUGCAACCCGAAGACGCGGGCGGCGCUGGAACUUGGAGUCCCUUUCUUUUUUCACCUUGGGUACAUGACCAGAAGCCUCUGCUGGCCAUUGCAUCAUGCGUGGCGCCGGCGCAGAGCGAGAAAGAGGCGGGAACUCCGUGUAGUCAACCUGUAGGCUGAGCCGGGAGGCAAACUUCAACACAGGGCUUGGUGCUUUCCGGCAGGUGAUGGCGCCCCCCGAGGCCUAGAGGUGCAGCGCCCGCGGCGAGCCACAAGCAAUACUCUUUCCGCUGGGUUCGACCGAGAGUCCUGGUUACAGUGAACAUGCUGGUUCCGCUAGCCAAGCUGUCCUGCCCAGCAGUUUUAGGUUUAAAGAAAAACCCGAGCAGAAUGUACAGAGUUUCCAUAUAACUUUCCCCCAUUCUCCAUUAACAUCUUGCAUUGGUGUGGUACAUUUGUUACAACUGCAUAUCAGUGCUUUCAUGCAUUAAAAAUUAAGAAAAAUUAUCUACCUCUGCAUGCUACAAGAUGGUCUUCAACUUCCGUUGUACCUCGAAUUACUACCCACUAUACUAUUUAUCCCAGAGAUAAGGACAAGCGAUGGGAAGGAGUGAGCAUGGAAAGGUUUGCAGAAGAAGCAGAUGUAGUAAUAGUUGGUGCAGGCCCCGCAGGGCUCUCUGCCGCUAUUCGUCUAAAGCAAUUGGCUGCUAAACAUGACAAGGACAUCCGUGUGUGUCUCGUGGAGAAAGCUGCCCAACUAGGAGCUCAUACUCUCUCAGGGGCUUGCCUUGACCCACGUGCUUUUGAAGAACUGUUCCCAGACUGGAAGGAGAAGGGAGCUCCACUUAAUACUCCUGUAACAGAAGACAGAUUUGGAAUUUUAACAGAGAAAUAUAGAAUUCCUGUGCCAAUUCUUCCAGGUCUUCCAAUGAAUAAUCAUGGCAAUUACAUUGUACGCUUGGGACACUUAGUAAGCUGGAUGGGAGAACAAGCAGAAGCCCUUGGCGUUGAAGUAUACCCUGGUUAUGCUGCUGCUGAGGUCCUUUUUCAUGAAGACGGUAGUGUAAAAGGAAUUGCCACUAACGACGUAGGGAUACAAAAAGAUGGUGCACCAAAGACAACAUUUGAGAGAGGACUAGAACUACAUGCCAAAGUUACAAUUUUUGCAGAGGGUUGCCAUGGACAUCUAGCCAAGCAAUUAUAUAAGAAGUUUGAUUUGAGGGCCAAUUGCCAACCCCAAACCUAUGGAAUUGGACUGAAGGAGCUAUGGAUUAUUGACGAAAAGAAGUGGAAACCUGGGAGAGUCGAUCACACCGUUGGCUGGCCCUUGGACAGACACACUUACGGAGGCUCUUUCCUCUAUCAUUUAAACGAAGGUGAACCCUUGGUGGCUCUUGGAUUUGUGGUUGGUCUAGACUAUCAGAAUCCAUACCUGAGUCCAUUUAGAGAGUUCCAGAGGUGGAAACACCAUGCCAGCAUUCAGCCAACGCUGGAAGGCGGGAAAAGGAUUGCAUACGGAGCCAGAGCUCUGAAUGAAGGUGGCCUUCAGUCUAUACCAAAACUCACCUUUCCUGGUGGUUUACUAAUUGGUUGUAGCCCUGGCUUCAUGAAUGUUCCCAAAAUCAAAGGUACUCACACAGCAAUGAAGAGUGGAGCUUUGGCAGCAGAAUCUAUUUUUAAUCAGCUAACUAGUGAAAAUCUCCAGUCGAAGAUGAUAGGACUCCAUGUACCUGAGUACGAGGACAAUUUGAAGAAAUCAUGGGUAUGGAAAGAGCUGUACAGUGUUAGAAAUAUCAGACCAUCCUGCCAUGGAAUCCUGGGGGUAUACGGAGGGAUGAUUUACACUGGAAUCUUUUACUGGAUAUUUAGAGGAAUGGAGCCAUGGACUCUAAAACAUAAAGGUUCUGACUCUGAUCAGCUUAAGCCAGCCAAGGACUGCACACCUAUUGAGUAUCCAAAACCCGAUGGACAGAUCAGUUUUGACCUUUUGUCAUCUGUGGCUCUGAGUGGUACUAAUCAUGAACAUGACCAGCCGGCACAUUUAACCUUAAAGGACGACAGUGUACCUGUAAAUAGAAAUCUGUCAAUAUAUGAUGGGCCGGAGCAGCGAUUCUGCCCUGCAGGAGUUUAUGAAUUUGUACCUUUGGAACAAGGUGAUGGAUUUCGGUUACAGAUAAAUGCUCAGAACUGUGUGCAUUGUAAAACGUGUGAUAUUAAAGACCCAAGUCAGAAUAUUAACUGGGUGGUACCUGAAGGUGGUGGAGGACCUGCUUACAAUGGAAUGUAAACUACAACUGGUUUCAUUUGCAGGCAAGUUUGAUAACCACUUUAAAAUGUAUGGUAAGCUCUAACUUUAAAUUGUUAAGAAGUUAACAAGUGUCAAAAUAUCUUACAGCAUAUUAUUGAUCUGAAUGUUCAUAAAUUAUCAGGGAAAUAGAAAUUUUAUACUGUGCCUAAAAUUGUCCCAUAAAAAAUUAUCAAUAUUUAUCUUAAAUAAAAUUUUGUAAGUGAUGUAGCAUCUACAUACCUCUUUAAUGCUUCAAAAAUUCAGGACCAGCAGCAAAAUACGCUAUUGGCCUUUAAAGUACAUUUGACUCAUCAAAUUCAAAACUUCAAGUAUAAAAAUAAAUGUACUUCCUAGACCA